AUGAUUUCAUUUCUGAACAUGAAUAUAAUUUUUAUGUUUAUAAUUUUGCAUUUGAUUCCGUUGUUCACAACUUUCAGUACAAAACAAAAUUGGAAAAAUGAAACCGCCAAGGACACAAACUUGGACGAUCAGCUAGAAGCCAUGUUGCACGGAGGCGAGCUGCAUGUACACGACAACAAACCGCAGCAUGAAACAACAGAGGAAAAAUCCAAAUUUCCUGACAUGGCAGAACAAUUGGAUGCUCUGCUGCACGGUGGAGAGGAGCAUGUCCACUCGGGAAAACAUCGCUCUUUUGAACCAGCCAACGAUAAAAUUCCUUUUGGCACGUUUGACCAGGAGGCAGUUCUCCACGGAGGAGAUGCACACGUUCAUUCGAGGACCACCAUUUCUAAUAAGGAACCGAAUGAAGAAGUUGUUGGAGCUGCCGAUCCGGAGCACAUUUUACAUGGCGAGAAGGUUCAUGGAAGGCACGAAAAGUUGAAAACAACCACAAAACAUGACGACGACGGUGUUAAUCAUAACGUUGAUAAUGAACUGGAGGCGCUGCUACAUGGAGGAGAUGGUCAUGUUCACGAGAGGAAUGACAGAACAACAACAGAUGCCGUUGAGUUCAAAGUAGCUAACCCAGAACACAUGCUCCACGAAAGUGCGUACGAUCCGCACCAGCAUGAACAGGAGUUGGAAGAGCAGGCAGCAGAUGGAAGUAGACCCCUUCAAGAAUUCGAUCCAACAGUUGUGCAGCACGAACCGCAAGAAAUUAAAGCAACCAUCGGCACUAUGAAUGAAGUUGAUUAUUUGGAUUAUAAAAAGUGGAAAAAAGGAAAAAAGAAAGCAAGUUCGUGGUUGAAUGGAUUCAGUUACAUGAGUGACAAACUUUUAUACAAUUUCAAUUCUAUAAAGCAACGACUUUUUGGGUCAGAUAACAUUAAAAACGAUACAAUUAAACACGAUGAACCUUGA